CUCAAGUCUAUUAAUUAUGAUGAUUUCCCGUAAACAAUCGUUUGCUAGUGAAUACUAAUCGCAUUACACCACAUGUUUUGCUUAAUCACCGAGAUUAAUAUCUAAAUCAUACCAACCCUUUUCUAGACGAUCCAAAUAGUGUCAAUUCAUGUGAUGUCCGAACAAGUUUUGCCUAGUCAAGAAUUAGUAUCUAUUUAUUCGCCAACCAGUGUGCCAUAAACUUGCGUUUUUCACCAAUCGAUUGUGUCAUGAUUCCAAGUUAAGGUCACUUCUCUACUCCAACUCUCCAAGUUUUACCUCGAGGCAUGAUGAGAAUAUCCCUGGGUAUCUCUACCAAUACCAUCCAUUUCCUUUCCGUAGCACAUAAAGCCAAGCCCAGAUCUGUCCUAUAUGCGGCAAUCUCAAGCCGUUUUGUUAUAACAACUUCCUUUCACGUUGCAUCUGUUGUUACUAUUAACAUCUCAGGAGAAUAAUAAUAGUAAUACAUCAACAAAACAUUCAGCACCUUCAAUAGACUGAUCUCAACAAAAUUGUCAUGGUUAAGUAUACGACUGAUAUUGCAGUCAAUUCCUAGGGACAAUAUCCUCUUGACAUAUUCGAGGAAGCUAGACUUUCGGCGGCAUGAGGUUGAUCUCUAAAAGCUUCUCUGAGAUUGUACAGCUACAAGAACAACCUAAUCUCAGUUGGUACCCUCAUAUUUCGGGUCAGCCACCACAUAGUGGUACACAAUCACCAGGAGAAAGAUGAAGAUGCCAAGAAAAUUGGCAAAAAAUCCAAGAUCUUGGUCGUCGAACAUCUGCAGGAUCCAACAAGAAGCACUGAUCAGAACUAAAUCACAUCUCUGCCGACUGCCAAUCAAACAACAUACUCAAAUAUUUGUCUGUCCACUAAAACAUCGCUGCAGUAUCCACCCCUGAUAAUGGCAGACUAGACAAGUAGAAGUACAUGUAACUCCAAUACAGCCACUGUUUAGGCAUAGAGAUAUUAUCAACCUGGUUCCUCGGAACACCAAUUCCCUACUAAGUUACUUUGUUCAGUAAAACCUGGAUGCUAUUGGAUCCUAACCUUUCUCACACACUAAACGAGUUCCAGAACUAUGCAAACGACUUAACAGAAAACAAGACAAGAAAGACUUCGGAAACGAAGGCCUUAGGCAUCCAAGUAUCUCUGGUUGCCGAAAGUCAUGAUUUGGCACUUAGUUAACAGACAUUUCAUCUGACUGUAACGUUUCAGGUUCCACAAAGUUUGAUUUUACAUCGACUAGACCCUAAAAACAGGACUAGAACCAGCAAAUCCGAGCCAGCAAGAUAAGCAACUAGCGCUCAAGAAACAAACUUUGGACAAACAAAUCCGGGCCAUAACCCAUAUGUCAGCCAUUUGCAAAUACUUGAGAAAAGUAACAGCAGACCUAAAGAACAACUUUAUCAAUUAAGGCCAUUACCACUUACCAGUUUGCCAAUUGACAAUCAGAUCAAGGAACAAGAAUCCAGAACAAGAAGGGAUUCAAGCUGGCCAUCAAAAAGGACAAAAGCAACCGUACGAUCACACUGGGAUUUGAACAACGACCUUUAGAUUCGGAGUCUAAUGCGAUAUCCGCUUCGCUAUGGUAUCUACCGCGCUCACCUAUCUCAUCCUAACCAGUUUCCAUUUUGCAGGUUCACGAUACAGAGAAUGAAUCAGAAUUCAUUCAGGGGAAAAGCAAUAAUAGAACAAAAUAAAACCUACUCCACCAGAUCUCUGAUCUCAGAGCCGGAUCCGAGAUCGGCCGGCCGAAUGUAAAAAAUGAGACUAAACGAGUUCGCCGAGGAAGAAAACAAAAUGACUAAAAGAGAGGAUCGGAAGACAUACCUUAACCGGCUUAGUUCGUCGGGAGAGGUAAUCGCCGAAGUAGCGGUGGCGAUGAGAACGAAUUGGGGCGGUGAGGGGAAACGGCAGUUUCUGGACUCUUUCACUUUCCGCGAUCCGUUCUGCUUCCGCAGGGUUUAGCAGUCUAGUAGCAACGGAAAGUGACACCAAAUGAGUUUUUAUUGUUUUAUGGACCUCAGCGUAGAUUCGAUUCAACGGCCCAUUAUUGGCCCAACCAUCGAGAAAGUAGGCCCGUGAAGCGGUGAAGCUACCUAUUGAACCGGUCACUAGAUUAAUGUCUAACCAGCCUCCAGGGAUUCCUUAACCCGACCUGCUCGACUAGGGGUGGAUACGGUUCGGUUAUAAUCGGUAACCGAUUGGUCGGUUAUCGGUUAACCGAACCACCAUCUCCCCUUACUGACGAUAAUGCAUCGGUUAACUAAUAACCGAACUGCCACCCCUAUGCUCGACCCUGCCCGAUCCUUCAAUACCUCCCACAUAGUGGGUGGCCACAUGAGACUGACCAGCGAACAUGAGUACCACUUUUGUAUUGGUCUAUCAUGUUCCUGUCGAUUCUCGAGUUGUUCUAUUUUGCUUCGUCUUAAUAUCAGAUUAUAUUUUUUGAUUUUUCUUAAACUGUAUUUCAAUCUCGAUAAAGGUCCGGCUAGAUACGGGAAUCCUUCUUUGGAUAAGUUAGAUGCAUUUGCUCGAGACAAUAAAUCUCUAAUUUACUUUGGUUUAUUUGCUCGAGGUCAACACAUUCUGCAUAAUUCACACUUAGUCUAAUAAAUCGGCAUUUGAAUACCUACACAUUCCAAUCCAUUGCCAUGCUCAACCAAAACUCGUUUUUCUCUGCAAAGACUACGUUACGAUAAAUUCGGGAUUAAAGAGGAUAAUCUCUUUGAUGAUCUUAUAUGAUUUUGCGCUAAAGGGUUGGGUUCACAUUUCUCUUAUGAAUGGUGCAUGUUCGGCGAAGGAAAGCUGGAUUGGAUUACCAGUUAAUCACAAAUCAGUCACGACGUUAAUUGCUUUUUGAAGCCUUUAACAUACUAGCGUGGCCCCGGCCAGUUGGCCGGAGGAAGAUGAAGUAUGAAAUUUGAUAAUGUAAUGAAGUGUAUAACUUAUUAUUGUAUAGUUUUUUUUGGGAAACUCGUGAUAAAAAUAGUGAAUUUUAGUAGGAAAGAUACAUGAAUGAUGUAAUGAAUCAAAAAUCGGCCUUAUGAACCAAAAUCAAGUACAUGUUACCUUUUGAAACAAUAUUGUUUCUCGUAAUAUGAUGAGGUGGAGUAAGUUUUAUAGAAAUAGAAUUCUAGAAAAUCGAAUAAAAAAUCGUCUAUCCCGUCGUUUUCGGGAAAUGGGCAUCUCACAAUCGUUGCUAGCUUUUACUCGGCCCGUUGCUUGAUUAAUUUGCUUUAUAAAACUUUCUUCUUGUCGUCAUUGUGCUUUCUGGUUUUUGUUAGGCCAUGAUAAAAUCUAAGAAAAUCAAGAACGAACAACACGAUUUGGGAUAGGAACCGCCGUUGUCGUAUCCCUAGAAAAUGGUCGUAAACACAGACUCACCUGCCAAACUGGUUUGGAUUGAGAUUUUUAUCGGGUAUUAGGAAACCAUGUGAUUAUAAAUUAGACUUAAUCAAAACGGGCCAAAACUUAAAAUUCAGCAUGUUUGACCGACCCAUGCCAAAUUCUAAUUAUUCUUUACUUUUAAACUUUCUAUUUGAAAAUAAAAAAUAGUGAAAGAAAAGAGAUGGCUGCAAUUCGCCAUUUGCACAUCACUUAUUGAGGAAUAAAACCAUAAAAAUUCAAAAGGAACUGAAAAUGUUUAGGAUCGUUUUAAUGUUUAAAAUAACCAAAUAGAUCGUUCUGUUUAGUUUUUUACUAACAAAUACCAAACGAUUACCUAUACAAAACACUAUAAUUUGAUCAUUAUGAUAUCAAAUAAUUAUAUAGUAUAUAUUUGAGAUGAUAAAAAUUGGACUAAUUGGGUUGGUCGAGGUUGAACCAUUGAAUAACUUUAAAAUACAUUAUAUUUUAGCCACUAAGAUAUAAAAUAAUAGCAUAAUA